AGUCUAAUUAUUUUCUUCCACUUUCUCGAUCUUUGAGAUUUCUUUCAAAGGAAGAAAAAAAAAAACUCACGAUGUCCGCCGAAUCAGCUAGCCAAAUUCCUAAGGGACAGGUUGAUCUACUAGAUUUUAUUGACUGGUCUGGUGUUGAAUGCCUUAACCAAAGCUCAAGUCACUCUUUGCCCAAUGCUCUCAAGCAGGGUUAUAGAGAAGAUGAAGGUUUAAACUUAGAGAGUGAUGCUGAUGAACAACUUCUGAUCUAUAUUCCUUUUAACCAAGUUAUCAAACUACAUUCCUUUGCUAUCAAAGGCCCUGAAGAGGAAGGUCCUAAAACUGUAAAGUUUUUCUCAAACAAAGAGCACAUGUGCUUCAGCAAUGUCAAUGAUUUUCCUCCAAGCGACACCGCUGAACUAACUGAAGAAAACCUUAAGGGAAAACCGGUGGUCCUUAAAUACGUUAAGUUUCAGAAUGUUCGUAGCUUGACGAUCUUCAUCGAAGACAACCAAUCAGGUUCUGAGGUCACCAAGGUUCAGAAGAUUGCUCUCUAUGGCUCAACGGUGGAGACGACUGAUAUGAAGGGAUUGAAAAAGAUUGAAGAUCACUGAGCAAACAAAAGUGUUUUAAUCAUAUGAUCAUUUAUCACUUUGAUUUCUAGUGUUCUAUUGUGUUUUAUCGUUCGUUUUGCACUUACUUAAAGUUCUUGAAUUAAAAUAGACCAGAACUUGUGAU